CUUACCUGGUAAUGUAGUGUUUUGAGCUUAAUCGUAAGAAAAUGGUGGCGGAAGUCAUGAACAAGAGUGUUCUCUGAUUGCGCGUCGUUUUCGCAAUUUUCCGCUCAUACUGUAGCGUAUUUGAGAUGACAAGAAAAAGAAAAGUUGAACACGCCGCUGACGAUGUCAGCCAGAAGAGCGGCAAGCUGAGCAACUAUGGUUAUCAGACAAAUGAACAACCAUCGUCAAGCGUCAGUGAUGAUGGACGGAAACGCACUUUUCCACGUAAGGAACGUCACGGAACUUUUCAAAGAGAAAAUCCUGGUUACAAUUCCAAGGAUAGAAGUAGUCAUUACGACGGUGGCGACCGUAAUCAGGAUAACGGCUACUACAAUAGCGCAGAGACAACGGUAGAAGGGAGUAAUGGACAAGAGAGCACGGAUGCUUAUCCUAGUGAAUUAGUCGCGUAUUUGAAGAACAUAGAGCAGAUGAAAUUGACUGAAGGACAUAUUGAAAAUGUCGUCAUGGACAAAUGCGCUCAAGAAUGUUCUGGCGAAGAGGAGAAGCUUUUGAUGUUCAGAGAUUCAUGUAUCGUCGUGGAGGGUGUAUUUGGAUCUUCUCAAUAUGGGGCCGCUUUGUUCCUUUCUGGAUUGGCCCGGCUGAAGCACAAACGGCUCCUAGAACUCAUUUAUUCUGGUCAAUCUGCUAGGACUAUAGAAACGUUAUUUUAUGCGAUGGAGCCUAUCGAUAGUAUCCAAAAUGUCCAAUUAAUAGAAAAAUUCGCUGAGCUCUUAUGUGAUAACUGGAAUGACGCUGUGUCCAGCCAGCAUUCUUCAUUCCUGAUACGUUGCAUCGCUAGAGUGAGCUGUGGAUUGCCGAGGAAGGGAAAUGAAAAGGAGUUAGCUGCUUUCCGGCCGAAAACCAAAGGCGACGAAAACAUAAGACUCUCUCUGUCUCGCGUAUUCGAGCGCAUAGCGCUGCUAGCUCUGGAUAGCUUAUCUAGUCCUUCUCUCGAAAAUGUGCACCGUUCACUUGUGAUACAAGACGUAUUGGAAGCUGAUAGUGUGGCUAAACUUGGCAAAUCCGCUGCUCUAGUGGAAAAAGUUCUUGAAAAGACGGAUGAGCAAGGCGUGAGCCUUCGCCGAGUUUGGCAAGGGAAAAAUAGCUCUAGAGUAUGGGAAAAGCUGGUAGUCACGUGUCAAGAGGAAACGCUGCAGUCGCUCUGGGAAAGGGUUAUCACAGGACAUGUUGGAGAAUUGGCUUCGCAUCCAUGUGCGAAUUUUACUUUGCAAAAAUUCAUCAGCAGCGUGAAAUCGCUGGAAUUGGCGACGGAUGUGUGUCAUGAAGUAACACCUUUGCUCUCCACAUUCUUAUCGAAUAGUCGAUGGGGAGUUGCUGAGGCUUUGCUACGAUGCGCUGCCAAACAUGAAGAGUUGCAAGAGCCUUUAUUAAAGGAGUUGAGACGGUACUUCAGAGCAGAAAAGGCUUCCAACAAGCUGAAUUUCUUGUACAACGUCAUCACUUUGAACAAUUACAACGGGACGAGUCUAAAUAUUGAACGAUGCGAUUUGCAUGGUUGUUUAUUGAUGGAGGUGCUGCUCUCAUUCAAGAAGGUCAAGACUCUACGAGCAUGUUUCGAAGCGCUUUCUUCUGAUGAUGUAGUGCGACUGGCAAAAAACAACCGCGCCUCACAUGUCCUUCAAGCUGCUUUUAAAAGCACCACGCUGGGAGAUGAUGUGAAAGAAAAAUUAAUUGCAGCUUUCGAGAGCGAUUGGGGAUCGUUGAUAUCUGAUGUUUAUGGAAGUCAUGUUUUCGAGACAAUCUGGGACUGUUCACUUUUUACCGUCAAUAGACGUCAAACCCUAAUGAAAAAACUUGUACCCAUACACAGCGAUUCCAAGUUUUGGAAGUUUGCGAUGCUACGCUGUGACAUAUAUCUGUUCCGAAAAGAUCGCAAAGCUUGGGUGGAGAAAAUGAAAAAGUCUAUAAAAGGAGCGAAACAAUAGCAGUUCAAAUCUAUUGUUGAGACUGUUGCGCCAUUUUUGUUGCUGUUACUUGUUGUUCGUGUGCUGUGAAUUGUUGUUAUUAGUUUCAUGAAGAUUUUGUCUGAAA